AUGCCAAGAAUAUCAAAAAGACAAACCAACAGGUGUAACAUUCAAACAAACGAUCCAGAAAUAUUUUAUCGUGUAUCAGUAUUUAUUCCGUACAUAGACAAAUUCAUUAAUGAAUUGGAAGAAAGAUUUACAAAUCACCAAAGUACAUUGACAAGCUUCCAUUCCUUAUUCAAAGAAAGUGGUUUUGAAGAAGAUUUUAUAUCUCUUACAAAACAGUAUAUCGAAGAUCUAGAAGAUAUUGGAAAUUGUGAUGAGGUAUUCAAAAAUGAGUUCAAACUUUGGCAACGAAAACUUAAAUGUUUAUCAGAAACGGAUAAACCAAAAAAUGCAAUGGACGCUAUUUACAUAUGUAAUGAAGCCAUGUACCCAAAUAUUUUUAAGUUACUUAAAAUAUUAGCAACUUUACCAGUUUCUUCUGCCACUAAUGAAAGGACAUUCUCAACUCUCAAGAGAAUAAAAACUUACAUACGCAACUCUACUUCUGAGGGAAGACUUAAUGGUCUAGCAAUGCUAUCGAUCAAUAAAAAUGAUUCAAUUACUCCUGAUGAAGUGCUGGUUGAACUAUCCAAUAAAAAAAGGAGAUUAGAAUUUUUGUUAUAA